GCUGCUGGCACGCGAGCCAUGUGGAAGUAAACAUUUUCAACCCAAACCACGGCUUGCGGAUUUGUUGUUUUCUUUAUAUGGGACAGCAAGUAGUACCUCUUGGACAGCAAAAACUCUUUGGCUGUCUCGCUGCGCAUUAUCGAAAUACAGAGUCUCCUUCUGUGGCAAUCUGCGGCGAGUGAAGAGGCUACAAGGAUCGAAUUAGAGUGUUGUAGGAAGCUCCGUAGAUUGUAGCCGUAUGGUUGAAGUUGUCCCCGUUUCCCCGGAGUUCCCAAUGCAUUUGGAAUAUUCUGGCUUUCAGUUCUCCUACACCCACCCACUUUGAUCAGAAGCCGCUUGGCAUAGCUUAGACUAGGGUUUAGAAAAGACAGCGAAGAAGACGCGGUUUCCAUGUAGAGGAGGGCGGAAAACAGACUUGAGAUCAAGCACGAACACACGAACACGGUGCAGCACUCAAUGGUCAAGGACGUGGUGCCUAGAGGAAGCCGCGGGUUUCUGAAGGACGAAGCCUUGCCGGCGAGGAUAGAGCACGGGGACCGUUCUAGAGCGGGUAUAUUUUUCAAGGAAGACACCAUGCCAGCGAGGAUGAAUCAAGAGGAAGAUGGGAGAGGGGGCGCACAGGGCGGAGGAAAACACGGGUUCGUCAAGCAAGAAGCGCUGCCGGCGAAGAUCAAGCAAGAGAAAGAUGUGAUUGGGGGCGGGCAAUGUGGAGGAAAACAUACGUUUGUCAAGCAAGAGGGCAUGCCCGCGAGCACCAAGGAUGAGCGUCGAAACGGCUGUGGGGGCUCCAGGGCAGUCAACGGAUUCAUCAAGCAAGAAGAUUUGCCGGCGAAGGUUAAACAAGAGAAAGGUGUGAGGCCGGAUGAGCAGGGCGGAGGAAAACACUGGUUCAUCAAGCAAGAAGCUUUGUCGGCCAAGAUCAAGCAAGAGAAAGAUGGGAGCGCGGGUGGACAGGGUGGAGGAAAACACGGAUCUCUCAAGCAAGAAGGUUUGCCAGCGAAGAUCAAGCAAGAGAAAGAUGGGAGCGCGGGUGGACAGGGUGGAGGAAAACACGGAUCCAUUAAGCAAGAGAAAUAUGGGAUGGUGGGUGGGCCGGGUGGAGGAAAACACGGGCUGGUCAAGGAAGAAGCGAUGCCGGCGAAGAUCAAGCAAGCGAAAGGUGUCCGAGGGGGUGGGGGGCGUACCACGGACGGGCUCAAGUCUGUCAAGCAAGAGACCGUACAGGCGAAGGGACACAAGAGGCCUCACCCGGGAGAAGAGGGCGCUCGGGACCGCCAGAAGAAGAAAAAGAAAAACCUUUCCACAGCAGAUAGAGCCGUACGACAAGCGCAGGCUGCUGCAAUCUAUGGCCAGUCCCAGCAGCAUCGCCAACAAUCCAAGAAAAACCCCCAACAACUCAAGAAAAUGAGCAAGAAGGAAAUUCAUAUCCAACGACAACGGAGGCUGUACCUGUGGCGGAGGGCGGGUGGGCAAGUGGUCGAAGACGAGGCUAGAAUCACCAACCUUCGAAUCAAAAUGCAGGCCGGGAUAGAAGCAAAGGACAAGCAGAAGAGGAAGGCGAACAUGUCGAUGAGGAGGAUGGUAAGGGCGGGGAUCUACACCGGCUGGGACGACACAACGCCCAAUGUGGCACUCAUACAGAAGGCGCGGAAGGGCCUCCCCAACAGGCCUUUUUAG